AUGACUCGCUCCUCGGAAUCCGUAAGGGAAUACCUGCCGCAGGGGCUAGUUGCCGACGAAAAAGAAGACUCAGACUCGUCCGUGUACAAUGUCUAUCACGAUACCCCACCGUCUGCUCCACUAGAGACAGCAGAGCCAAAACCUAACUUCUGGCGAAGGCUUGGAAAGUUUUUCUAUCCCGACUGGCUCCUCGGUCACUUGACAAUACGUGACGUCAAGAUGGUGUUACAGACUUGGGUUCAGGUAUGGACCACCGUUUUCCUUUGCAUUGUUCCCAAAACUGAAAAAUGGUUUGGUCAAGCCUGCUAUUUGUUCCAGAUCUUGGGCUUUAUCAUGGCCAAUGGUGGCUUCUCCAGCGUCAUCAACGUCACAGUGGCCCUAGCGUGUUGCGUGUAUGCAUGUUGCUCCUGGCUAGUCGUUACUAUCUGUAGCGCCAUAACAACGCAUUUGAGGGGAUGGCCAACACAGGAAGAGCUCAUCCAGGAGCUAAUAUCAGAUGGCGUUUGUUCGGUCGAUAAUGCCGCAUCUUGUUAUCUGAAUGAAAUUAUCAAAGGACGGUAUUUGGAGACCCGUUGCACUGUGAUUUGGGUUUUCGGGUGCCUCUUUGCAUUUGCAUUUUACGGCUGGACUCAAAAGUAUCACCCGUUGAUGAGGUUGCCAUUCGUUGCUGGUACUCUCUGUGUCGUCAUCCAUACGGUCACGUUCGUUACUUGGCCUACAUUUGUAGCCGGUGAAACGAACGUUCUUAUCAGGCCUAUGCUUCUUGCAUUUGCAUUCAAAAUUGUUUGUGGGUUAGUGGUUUUCCCAUUUACCUCGAGCUUCGCCUAUCUCGGUGCUGUUGCGAGUAUACACGGUUCCCUUGCGCAAACUUGUGAGAAAAACAGCAGAUUCUUCAAAUCUUUGAAGCCUUCCCUAGAUAGCUUUGAAAACCACUAUCAAUUAGGAUCUGAUAUUCAAGCAAUCAGAGUGAGGCUUGCGCCGGUUGAAAUGUUUCUCAUAAGUGCACGAUGGGAAAUCUCGUUUAGUAGGUUCGACCCGGGUGAUCUUGCGGAAAUCAGAUCCAGAAUCAAGCCCUUGAUCACUGUUCUAGCAGGUUACAAGUAUUUCUACGAGCUAAUUCAGGAGAGGAAAGACAUUGCUCGAAAUGUGUGGACGCAAGAUAAAAGAAGAGGAAGUUUAUCGAGUCAGACAUAUUCGAGCAGCCAUAACAAGCUUGUUGCCACCUUCAGGCAAGCCUAUGCGAGGGUUGGUGUUUUUGAGAAUGAGGUGAGAAGGAACAAACGAAAGAAUAUUUUAAGCAUGAAGACAGAGGAAUCCACCAUAAACCUUCACGACCUAGACGUUAUCUGUGACCAUAUGAAAGAGCAUUACUCUGAAUUUCAUGAUGAGGUUCCGAAAACCCUCAAAGCCAUAUCAUCUUGGCUAGCGACUGCGAAUGAAUUCAGAACUUACAGCAUCUUCAAGUGGACCAAACAUAAACAAGCGCAGCAAGAGCAGCAUGAAAUUUUGUUGCAAGCUAGGGACUCAUUGAAGCAACAAGUCGAGAAGCUUCAACAUGCGAACGACUACAUUCAAGGACUCGCAAAUGAGCUCAAAGGUGAGGAGCAAAGAUUAUGCUUAGUGAGCCAAAGCGCAAUAUUGCUUUUCUUUUGCCAGGAAAUCGGGGAUCAGAUGCUUAGGCUAUGCAACGUGCUUCUUGAAAUCGAUGAAAUGGCGCCAACACCUAGGUUGAUCACUAUUUUCUCCAAAGCACGUCACGACAAAAAUGUCACCGUCAAUCACAAUAUAUUUGACGAUCCGGUAAAUGCUUUGAGCAAAAAAUUGACGCAUAGAAGGGACCCGGAUAUCCUUGAUCCAGAAAAUCUUUUUCAAAUUCCAGGUAUCAUGGUCACAGUUACCCCUGUUUUGGUGUUGGGUACCAGUUGGGCGGACACAAGGAGUGACUUUGCUUCGAACAUUGGGGUCGGAUGGAGGCCGGCAGUGACUCGUUACAUCAGUGUGGUGAUUGGUCUUUCGGUGGCCAUGCUUGCAAGCGCAAUCCCAAAACCAAGGAGCUCUAAGGUGGCAGUUAGAAGAAUCAUGUCUGGUUUGUUGGAAGAAUCGAGUGAUAUGUUCUGCAAAAUAUCCGACUUUGCUUUGAAGCGUCUCGAUAACCCAAAUGUCCAUGUCAAGAUUCGUCACGAUGAAGUUAGCGACAAAAUGAGGAACUUGUUGUUCUCUCUUGCUAAUGCCAAGGCAAUGAUGGGUUUCAUCAAGUAUGAGACUGCUAUCACGGGGGCCUGGCCGGCCGAAACGUUCAUGACAUUGCAACUGUUGGUCAAUGACGUCAUCCAGCUCUAUUAUUUGAUCUACCAGCUGAUCAAUCAGAUCGAAGACACCGACGAAUGGAUACCAAUCAUACUCGAUAGAGCUGGCUGGACGAAUGCAGGUUUGGUUGCCGAAGUGCUUUCACUUACCAGCAUGUCUGCAUCGGCACUCCGACGCAAGACCCCAUUGCCAAAGGUGACCAAUGCAAACUUGUCGCUGAGACACUUUGAGGUUGUGAGUUCACAGUGGGGCGAUGGCGAUGUCACUUUCAAUGAGCGAUUCUACGAUGAUCCCGAAAUCCUGGAACCAAUCGACGAAGCCGUCGGGGAAAUACGGAAUAGAUCGGGACGAAAUGUGAACUACCAAAAAUUGCUUAGUCACGAUGGAAGGCUCAACAUCGUGUGCUUGCUUGUGAUGCAUUUGGUGUACAAGAAAAUCGACGAAAUCGUCAUCACUGUCAAGUCGCUUGUCGGAGAGAUGUACGAUGUGAACGACGAGCUCUUCACGCUAAUGAAAUACGAGAAAUAG